AUGGGGUCAAAAGAGUUCAUUGACGAAACUGAUGUUUUUCAAAUUCCAGAUGUUGGUAGUACCAAGCAGGUAGUAGUUAGACCGAGCUACGUUGAUGUAAGAUUUUUUCUCUUAAUUUCUUUGCUUUACUGUUAUUCAUAUAUGUAUUAUCAGUCAAAUUAGAUUUUUCAAAUAAUUAUUAGCCUUCUUACUUUGAAGAAUUUUUUUGAUAGGGGCACAGAAUUAUUUUAACAACCCAAUAGUAAUGUUUAGCAAUAAGAAAAUGACUUUUUGAACAUAAAAUGACAUUGUCUUAUAAAAUUUUUAUUACAAUCGUAUUUUACUAAAUUAUCACAGCUUUUCACAAUAAGUUGGAGCAUCUCAACCUUAACUUUUGAUUUUUCAGAGUCUAAAACAAUGUCAAUUUUACUAUGGUUUACUGUGUGAUGAUCUAGCGCACGAUAGGCUACACAAUGACGGUGAUUUUGUACUGGGAUUGCGAUACAGAAGUACUUUGAAGAAGGUGGUAUGUUUGGUGAAAUGGUCCGGUACUGUCUUGGAGUAUGAGUUUUGUCAAGUUGAAGGUCGUGAAGGGAUCAGUCUUGACAACUUCCACUUUAAGGCUACUGUAUUGGAGGUUGUAAAGUAAGUUUUGGAGUUGAUUCUUGAGGUUUAGAGUGUGGGGUAAUGUAGGGUAGAGUAUAUAAGGCGUAGUUUAUAAUAUAUUUGUUAGUAUGUUAUGUACCGUACGUUGUAUAAUGCUAUAUUUAGCUUCCACACUUCAACCAAAACCCCAAUAUCAUCACUAGGUGUUCUACUGUCAAAAGAAAUCAAGAAACAAGAUCAACUACUGAACAUGGAUAACAUAACCUUAGGCAAAGUGUUGGGUGGAGGGGUGUUUGGCAAGGUAUAUCAAGGUGAAUUGACGUUAAAUGGAAAAGUCGUGUCAGUAGCUGUGAAGAUACCCAGAGCUGGCAAUGAAAAAGCUUUGAAAAAGGCUACGGAAGAGGCUAAUGUUCAGAAGGAGUAUAUCCAUCAAAAUGUGGUUCGAUUGUAUGGUACUGUCUUGAAGGAGGACCAGUUUAGUGUGAGUUUUAGUUUUUGUGAUGUUGUUGUACCUUACUGUAGCUUCACUCGUAUCGUAGUCUCUCUUUUACCGUAUAAUUGCUUCUACUGUAUUCUCAUUACUUUCAGAUAAUCCUAGAAUACCUAGAAUCCGGCUCAAUGGACGUUUAUCUUCAGAACAACGAAACAACCCAAGAACAAAGAUUGGCUUUUUGUUUUGACGUAGCAUUGGGCCUUGAAUACCUUCACAACAACGAAUGUCUACAUGGUGAUAUGGCAGCCAGGAAUUGCUUGGUCGAUAAGAAGCAUAACUGUGCCAAAAUUGGAGACUUUGGGUUGGCGGUCAAAGGAAUAUCAUAUAAGGUGCCCAAGACAAGACCCACGCCUAUACGAUGGAUGGCACCGGAGACUUUGAUGGACUAUUCUUAUGAGAGAGCGACUGAUAUAUGGAGCUUGGGGUAGGUUGGGGUAGAAUGUUUUUUUGGGCGGAUAAAAGCAGGGGUAAGGGAGGAGAGGAGAUGGGCGGGAGGGUGAGGGAUGACCCUGUGACCGCAGAAUUACAGGGGGGGGUGGGUUAAAUGAGGGUGGAGAUCAGCCUUCACAAAAUUUAUAAAUUUUUUUUGGGUUACCCCCCCCUCCCUCCCCCCAUCUUUGGACUAAUUUGUGGCAACGUCUCUGGAUGUAGGUACACAUUCAACUCAUUUCAGUGUCGUAUUCUGGGAGAUAUACACAAAGUGUGAGUCCCAACCAUACGGUAAGAAAGGCCUAAUGCAAGUGCAAUUGGAGCUAUGGGCCAACCCUAAAUUUCAUUGUGAUAUCAGCGAAGACACCCCUCAGAAACUAAAAGAUGUUCUACUAGCCAGUUGGAACCACGAACCCAAAAAACGACCGGUUGUCGCUAAAAUUGUGGAAGAUCUACUGGAAUUCAAUUGGAAAAGCAGGUAG